UGACACUUGACAGUUCCACUAUAGUAAUUUGUACUGUUAGCAUGACAUUUAAGAAAUCGUAAAGUUAAAUAUUUAUUUGCGAAAACAACUUUUUCCGAAACAAAACAGUGUUGUUUUUAUUUUACAUUAAAUAAAUUGGGUGUCACAUCCGGACUUAUGGCGUCUGAUCCUUUGUUCGGGUGGGAUUUGACCUUCAGGACCGUUGAGAAAGAUGUAAAAAGAAAAUCUGAUAUUAUAAUCGCAUUCAUUCAUUGGAAUUUAACAAAAAGAGGUUUUAGAAAUAUCGGAGUCGGCGAUGAGCGCACCCUAUCUGGAGAUGAAGUGAAGAGUGAAGUUCUACCUACUGGUUGGAAUGACAAUGAAAAUUACACACUUCGCUAUCUCUUUGAUGAAAAAUUGUACAUUCUUCAUGGCUUAAAUACUGAUGGAAAUCUUAUUUUGAACUUAAUGAGGUCAGAAGAUCUAGCCGUCUCAAAUGUUGUUGUUAAAAUAGAAGACACUGUAAAGGAAAUGAGUGGUCCCAUUGACAAAAUGCUGCCGAGUCACAAAGAUCUCAUGUACAAUGUCAAAAGGGACCUCAUAGACACUCUAACAGAGAGAUCUACUACAACCAUACAUACACAGACUGGCGAUGGCUCCAGCAACAGGCGACCCAGUGAUGAUCCCUUAAGAGUUCCUCCAAGACCAAUGCCAGGUGUCAAUCCAGAUACCCGUGACCUAUGGGAAUUGCCACCAGCAAAUCUACCAAACAUAGGUCGUUCGGAUUUAGAUCCCUUUGCGCCUGGUGGUGGGGGCAUGAUCUUCAACCCAUUUGGACCUCGCAGGGACAUUGAAAAUCCUGGACUUGGCAUUCCUGGUGGAUUGCCAAGGGGCGCAGUACCACCCGGUGCACGUUUCGAUCCAUUCGGCCCUCCUGGAGUGGGACCACUACCAGGGAGAAGGCCUCCACCACCUGAUGCUGACCAUCUGCCACCACCAGGAUUCAAUGAUAAUAUGUUUUUGUAAAUUCAUUAUGUUGAGCAAACUGUAUCAAUAAUUAUACUGUUGGGAAUAAUA